AUGAUGGCGCCCAUCGCACGGAUUCCCUUGGAGUGCAUGUAAAUUUUUUUUAUCUUUAACAACUCAAGUACAACAAUGGACGGCAAUGUCUUCCCUGACCAGGAACAGCUGCUGGGGUUUCUGAAAAAGCUGAAAGAAGUCUUCGACGUUUGUGACGAGGAUGCAGACGGCUAUAUUCGCAUUGAACACCUCGUAGACCUUGGUCUUCAGUUCGGGCAAGGGGAUGAGGUGAAGAAGUUUGCCAAGUAUCUGGAUCCGAACGCACACGGCAGGAUCAACUUCAAAGACUUCUGCCAUGGAGUGUUCGCCAUCAAAGGCUGUGAGGAAAUCUUGAAAACAGCUCUGGGGACACCACACGUCGACUCCCAUACAUAUGAGACGGACAAUGGCUACUACUACCAGCAUGGUGAGCAGGGUCUGGGAGCGCCCAUCAUCAUGUGCACGCGUCCCUACCCCGAGUGCCAGCUCUACCCGCAGGAGGACGGCCUGGGAGGGCGCGAUUCCCACGAGUCGGACAUGGACAGCGCCGCCGACAGCGGAGCCGGAUCGGAAUCCUCCGAUGGCGGUCGCCACGAUGACAAGGAUGAAGGGCUAGGGGGUCUCUUCCUGCCGGGAAACAACUCUGGUCAGCUGAUCCCGUCGGCGUCUGCAUCCGUCAUCUCCACCGAGGAGCAGUUUGAGGACUAUGGCGAGGGUGAGGACGUGGACUUCACUCCCAGCAGCCCCUGCCUUGACGACGAAACACGCACCAACGGCUUCUCGGACCUCGGCUCCUCGCUACCCUCCAGUGCGGGUCAGACCCCUCAGAAGAUCCGGCACUUGUACAACAGCGAGCUGCUGGAUGUUUACUGCUCCCAGUGCUGCAAGAAGGUCAACCUGCUCAACGACCUGGAGGCCAGACUGAAGAACCUCAAGGCCAACAGCCCCAACAGAAAGAUAUCCAGCACGGCGUUUGGACGGCAACUCUUCCACCACAGUAACUUCAGCAGCAGCCACGGCAGCACAGAGGACCUGUUCAGAGACAGCAUCGACUCCUGUGACGUGGACAUCACAGAGAAGGUGAGCUACCUGGAGAAGAAGGUAACGGAGCUGGAGAACGACACGCUGGCCAACGGGGACCUCAAGUCCAAACUCAAGCACGAGAAUACACAGCUGGUGCACAGGGUCCAUGAGCUGGAGGAGCAGAUUAAAGACCAGGAGACUCGGUCAGAUCAGAUCCUGGAGGAGGAGCUGAAGAGACACAGGGAGGCCUACAGCAAGAUGGAGAGAGACAAGAGCCAUGAGAUAGAACUGCUCAGCAACAGAGUGCUACAAUUAGAAGACGAGAAUGGAGAAAUGAAACUGAAUGUCUGCAGACUGAAAUCCCAAUCAGAGAAACUGGAUCAGGAGAAGCAGCGUAUGACAGACAAACUGGAAGACACCAGCUUGCGCCUGAAAGAUGAGAUGGACCUGUAUCGCAAAAUGAUGGACAAGCUGUGGCAGAACAGACAUGAGUUUCAGAAGGAGAGGGAAUCCAUGCAGGAGUUGAUAGAGGACUUGCGUCGGGAGCUGGAGCACCUGCAGCUGUUUAAGCUGGAGUCGGAGCGUGGACGUGGGCGGGGCUCAGCAGCCGGCCUAUCAGAGUACAACGCCAAGACCCGGGAGAUUGAAAUGGAGCAUGAGGUCAAGCGCCUCAAACAGGAGAACCAUAAGCUCCGGGACCAGAAUGAUGACCUGAACGCCCAGAUCCUUAGCCUGAGUCUGUACGAGGCCAAGAACCUGUUCAGCUGCACCACCAAGGCCCAGUCUCUGGCCGCCGAAAUAGACAAUGCAUCCCGGGAUGAGCUUGUGGACGCCCUGAAAGAACAAGAGGAGAUUAACUAUCGCCUCAGACAAUACAUGGACAAGAUCAUUCUGGCCAUCCUGGACCACAACCCCUCCAUCUUAGAGAUCAAACACUAAAGCCCUCAAUUCUGUGCCACUGUCCAGUCUCUCUCUCACUGGUGGACAUACAGCGCCCUCUGUAGGCUGGACACAUGAACUGUAUCACAUACUGGACUUAGAGAAUCUGCUGUUGUCAGUGACCACAUGGUACCUCUCAUGCCCACUUUUGAGUUCUGGCAUUUUUUGUCUCAUCGCCAUGCAAAUCACCCAUUGGUUGAGAUGACCAUUGAGAUGGAGUUAAAGGGACUACAACUGGAAGCAUUCAUACACACAUGACCCGAAUGUUCACUUUCCAUUUCUUUUUAACUUAUGUUUGCAUACACACUACCUCUAGGUACAUAGGUCCAGUGCUUUCACGAGUCUAUCGUGUAAUGUGUAAUGUGACCAUUAAAGAGCGUGUGAUGUGCUA